ACUUAAUACCCGACAAAAACAACCGCUUGACUAUAUCAACCAACGGAACGACUUGAAAACUGUAAUAUUCUUGAUAUUGGUACACGCAUUGCUGAUGAAAAUGGUGGAUUAAACCUGGUUGUAAAGCAAGUUAAACCUCUCACCUGUAUUACAGUUGUAUAUAGUUCCGUAAUAUUGACAAAAUUGAGUGAAUAUUCCAAACAGACAUAUUUUGUUAUAUAAUUGAUUAACGUGACAACUAUUGGGAUCCAACAGCCAAAUUGUAUAACUAUACAUCAUAGACAUACAACAUAAAUGUCAAAAUGACGUGCAGGAAUAAUAGUAUGUUCUGCAAUGGAUAUAUAUUCAUAAACUAAACAUAUUGGAUAAGCCACUAUCGAUUGCUACAUUUCGAACAUCGAUAUUGCACACGGUACAAGAACCGCUUGCCGACAUGAGGAAUUUCGAUAUACUGACAUUAUUUUUACUCAUGUUGUGUUUUCAUGCGGGAUCUUCAAAAACAUGUCGUAUCAAAGAAAUAAAGAAGAAAAUUAUUGCAGACUGCACAAGGAUUGAAUUACAUAAUAUACCUAAAUAUUUGCCACUGAACAUAUCGGAGCUUGAUCUCAGUUAUAAUGAUAUAACAUUGCUAAGAAACAAUGCGUUUAAACGCUUUGGGUUUAUGGAGGUAUUGAAGAUUGAUAAUAUGAAUUUGGGCAUCAUUGAAACAGAAACGUUUUAUGGUCUAACCAAACUAAAGUGGCUUUCAAUGAAAAAAAAUAAAUUUAAUAUGUCAUCCAUAAAUUUUAAACGUGUAUUUAAACCUUUAUCCUCUCUAAAUCAUUUAGACAUAAGAUACAAUCUACACAAACAAUUCAUAAAAACAACAAUUGAAUAUCCCUUUUUUGGUGAUUUGCUUGAAUUAAAAUAUUUAUAUAUGGAUCUUGCCCAAAAACCCGUUUUACACGAAAGCGGUUUUGAACUGUUGCUUAACCUUCAUACAAUAAGAUUUGAAAAAUGUUAUUUAGACCAAAUGUUAAAUGAUACGUUGAUUAACUUACCAAGUAAUAUUAUAGCGCUUCACAUUUGCGGGUGUGGUACGUUUAUACCCUUUGUAGAAUCUGGGUUUUUAAAACCUUUCCCCGCACUUAUGGAAUUAAAUAUGAUUGAAGCCAACAUCAAAUUAGCAGAUGCAUUGAAACUAUUAUUUCCGUUUACUGGAAGAGAAAUGACUUCUAUAACUUAUGAACGUAUCAAGGGUUCUGCCGAAAAGCCUACUUUCAUAACCUGCGAUAUGAUGAAAUAUUUGAAAGAAAUCUGUGUUCAUACGUUAGUCUUAGCAGAAAGUGACAUUGUUGGAUAUGAACAAAAUUCUUUACUUGCGUUUAAAUAUCCAAACUGCUUAGAGUAUCUUGUAUUUUCAGGCAACCGGUUUUCUUUAGCAUACGGACAUAAUUUAAUGGAGCUUGUAGUUUUUGCAAAGAAGACAACUAACUUGAAGUUCAUUGACUUAUCGUAUAAUGCCAUUAAUUUCAACGAUGUGAAGUAUUGCAAUAUAGAAGCUCUCCGAAAUGAUUCAUUUAGAAACGAGAUAUACAGCAAAGGAUGUGAAGUCCAAUCGACAGAUGCUAGAACAUUUCAAAAUUCAAAUUCAAACCGUCAAUAUUCUAGAAUGACUGCAGGAUCAAACAUGACGAUUUCGUUGCCCGUAAAUCUGACCUUUCUCCGUUUAUCACAUUAUAUGACAUCAUAUAUGGAGUAUGGACUAAAUUUCUUUUUAAAAAACUCAGCUAGUUUAAGAUACAUAGAUAUUUCAUACUUGAAAGUUUCAUAUUUUCCAGAAAUAUAUUCCGAUACUCCUUUCGACAUAAAAUACUUGGACUUCACUGGUGUCAGCGCGAUGCUUUUUAUCCACAAAUCAUCAGUGCCAAUAUUUAAAAAUAUCGAAACUGCAAUAUUGAAGGACUCUAUGAUUGACGAAACCAUACGAAAAAAUGGUAAUAUAUUUAAACUUUUCCCGACUGUUGAAAAAUUUGAUAUAUCAUACAACAACGUGUUUUAUCUGGAUGACGAUUCUUUUUCAUUUAAUACAAGACUGAAAAACCUGAACAUGGCAAACAAUUUACUACCAUCAAUUCCAAAGGCACUAAUGAGUUUAGAGCAUUUAAAUAAAUUGGAUAUCAGAUAUAAUCGAAUUCAGACAAUUGGUAAAACGUUGAGAACUUGGCUAGAUGCAAAAAGAGAAAGUGGAAAAUUUCAUCUGCUAAUAAAAGGUAAUAGUUUCAAAUGCACGUGCGAGACAGCCGACUUUAUUGAGUGGUUAUUCAAAACGGAAGUUAGUUUUGAUCAGACCAAAAAACAAUACAAUUGUACAUUAGCAAAUGGAACAGAAACUAAUACUUUAGUAGUCUACAGCCGAUUUCAUGAUCAUUUUGGUAACUGUUAUAGCACAAAUUGGUUACGUUUAGGAAUUGGACUUUUAAUCUCAUUUGCCGUUGUAACAAUUCCCUUCGCUAUUAUCUUUAACUUUCGAUGGAAAAUAAUUUAUUUGGUGUAUCGAAAUUUCAAGAAAGUAGUAGAAAAAAGAUUGGAAAAAAAGUUCACAUAUGACAUUUAUUUAGCAUGUGCAGAUGAUAAGAUUCAAUGGGUAAGUGAUGUUCUUCUCCAACAAUUUGAAUGUUCCUGGAAAAUGAAAGUUUGUCUAGAACACAGAGAUUUCCCCGUGGGAGUUGCAAAAGCAGAUGCAAUAGCAAAUGCUGUUGCCGAAAGCAAACAUGCUAUUUUUAUCAUUUCAGAAAUAUAUCAAGAUCGUGGAUGGAGCAGAUAUGAAAUUGAAAGAGUUGAAUAUGAGAAAUGUUCGAAUGACUUGCAAAAAAUAGUUGUUAUUGUAAGGGGUGAAAGAGUUUCUUGCAUUUUACGUGAGUUCAACAACAUUCAACAACAUUUGACUAUAAUAGAGUGGACUGAUGAUGAAACAGGUUAUGACAAAUUACGUAUGACAUUGUUUACGGAGUCUUUUUGAAUAGUAUUCGUGUUCAAAUCUGUGCAUAUUGCACAUCGCUUAUACAUUAAGUUGUAUGCAAGACUUACAUAGAUAGUUAGACUCAACUCAUGCAAGGAAAAAAAAGUAGGCCUCUUUGAUAUAUUUUGUUGUUGAAGUGAUCACUGGAAAGAUUAUAAGAUCACUGGUUUGAUAUAUAACAAUAGAAACAAAAUUCUUUCACAUAUUGUAACAAUGCAAUAUGCGUAUGUUUAUGCAAGCGUAAAUGUGUUUAUGAACAACUUAUUAUCAAAUUAAAUUUUGCAUUUGGCUGUGGUCUUUUUCAAAUCAUUUCAACUUUGCACCUUUUAUCGUGCAACAUGCAUAUGCUUAUAUAAGUACAUAUUUGCAUAUUUGUAUAUGAACAAUUUAUUUUUCAAUUUUAAGUUUUGCAUGUGGUUAUUGACUUUUUCAAAUCAUUUCAACUUUAAUAUUUCAUUGUGAAAGUCCAUUUUUUUUAAUUUAAAACUACCUCAGUUUGCCCUGGUUUCGUUUCCGACAAUUUACCAAUUAAAACAAUAAUUUAUCGAUUUGCAUAAAACAAAGCUUCUUGAUAAGAUUGAGUACAUUUACCGGCUUUAGACCCUCAUGUCUACGGUAGUCAAUGUAAAUGUUAUCAAACAUUUUAACACCCCGUAGUAACAGUUCCUAUAUAUUUAUAUAUAUAACCAAACCAAAACAUAUGAAAGCUAUGGAUAUAAUAUAUACUAGUACGUAUUCACGUUAGGGAUAUGUGAACAUUAAACCAACUUAAAAUGGUCAAUUUCAUCUAUGUCAAUUUUGCCUGAUGAAGUUUGGGCCUUGGUUUUAAAAUCAUUUCUGAAUUUUUUGAUAUAAUUAUUGUAAAUAAUUUUUAAAGAGGUUUCUUGUAUCAUUUGGCAGAUCCAGCAAUACAACUUUGCAUGUAAGGAUACUUUAUAAUAAAACUAUAGUUAUUGUGAUUCCCUCUUUAGUAAGUGUUGCGUUUAAAAGUCAGCCGAAUUGAAUAUAAAUUCGGAACUUGCUGUAAUGCAAUCAAGUGGUUUAGACUACUAGUAUAUCGUCGAUAUUGAAAUUCUGCAACACAUGUUAGUCGCUGACCAAUUGAUAAAGGCAUAUAUAGGAAAAAUGAAAGUAUUUCUGCUUAUCCUUCCAGAGCACUGAGACAUUUCUCCAUUUAUCAUUUCUGAUGACGACCGGUCUUGAAGUCUGUGAUGCGCAAUAUGGAAGAUGAUAGCUGUACAUUUGUAUUGAUUAAAAUGGACAGGCGUGACAGUCGCUUUCAAAUAUAACAUUUACAUUUUGAAAGAUAAAGAGAAUUUGAUUUCGUGUCGGUGUGACGCCUAUCAAACAGCUUUUCAGAAAUGGUAGUUGGUAAUUUUGGACAUAUUGUAGAGAAGCUAAUAUUUAAUAACGAUGUCUAUGACUGCGUCUGCUCCGAGGAACAGAGUUGCAUAUAUUCAUCAUAAUCAUCGAGUUGCACGAGUAACUUGAUAGAAUACUUUUACCUCCAAUUUCGUCAUUACAACCAUCAGGUGUCGCAACCCUGAUUAAUGCUAAAUUUUAUUUACGAAGAGGAUUUAAUAGAUGAUGUUUGUUCGAUGAUAAAAACUCACAUAGAAUGAAUUUAUUGAUAAGAAUGAUUUAAUAUUUGUUUAUGUCAGAUCAAUUGCCGCCUGUUCUGUUUGUUUGUUUAACUGCCUUUUGUUCCGCUGACAAAUACCAAUUGAAAAUAUGUCUACUCCAUUAACAAUAUUUAAUAAGAUUAUAACCAUUUGCAGAAAAAGCAUAGAAAUAGUAUUUCAAUACAAAGAUGCUGUCUUAUUGAUCGGCAUAAAACAUUUAAAAUGUUCAACAUUUGACGUGUUCGCCUUGAUUCACAAUAAUCAGGAACACUUGAACUUUUUGGGUAAACAAAUGAUGUAUAAAAUAUAUGGGGG